CACUCUGCUACGACUGCUGCACUGGCACACUGACAUUCACUGCUGUCGGACUGCAAGCGACCAUGUCGACGACGUUUGGGAUGGAUUACUUUUCGAGCUUUAAUAAUGUCACGACCAAGACCAUCGCCGAUGCCAUGCUGCCGCACACGACGAAUACCUACUGGCACGAGUUUGACGAGAUUUCAAAAUACAAUGUUGGGUUGAACUACUUUGAGAAGUUGUGGGCCGCGUGGUAUGCCUUCAUGGGUAACGAUGUUCUCGCGACGGGCAUCAUGAGCUUUGUCAUGCACGAGACGGUGUACUUCGGGCGUAGUCUGCCUUGGAUCAUUAUUGAUCGGAUACCAUACUUCAAUCGGUACAAGAUUCAGCACAACAAGAUUCCUUCGGCAAAGGAGCAGUGGGACUGUGCGAUGCUCGUGCUUUUGAGCCAUUUUACGGUCGAGCUACCUCAAAUCUGGCUCUUCCACCCAAUGGCUCAGUGGUUCGGUCUUUCGACGACGGUUCCGUUCCCCUCGCUAUGGACAAUGGCAUACCAAAUCGCAAUCUUUUUCGUGCUCGAGGAUACAUGGCACUACUGGACACAUCGCGCAAUGCAUUGGGGACCGUUGUACAAAAACAUUCACAAGAUCCAUCACCAAUACUCUGCUCCUUUCGGUCUUGCUGCAGAAUAUGCUUCGCCAAUCGAGGUCAUGGUUCUCGGGCUGGGAACGGUUGGCUCGCCAAUUCUGUGGUGCGCUUUCACCCAGGAUCUUCACAUUUUGACCAUGUACCUCUGGAUCUUGCUUCGCCUGUUCCAAGCCAUUGACGCUCACUCUGGAUAUGAGUUCCCAUGGAGUCUGCACCACUUUUUGCCAUUCUGGGCUGGCGCCGACCACCACGAUACGCAUCACGAGAAGUUUAUUGGCAACUACUCGAGCUCUUUCAGAUGGUGGGACUUGCUUCUCGACACUGAAAGUGGCCCGGAAGCUGCAAAGAGGCGCAGAGAGAAGCGCGUGGCGAAGAUGAAGUCUCACAAGGCGCAGUGAUUGUAAUGUUUGUCUCGAUUCAAGAUCAAGUUUGUGAUGAUAUUGGGCAUUGGGUACCUCGUUUAGCGGGAGUUCAGGUGCCGGGUCCGCCGUUUGGCUGGCCCGAGGGACAGAAUUUUUUCAGUAAACACACAACAGUGGACUGUAGAGUCGCCAGUACUCUAGGUCAACCGUAGCCAUAGUAUCGAGCCUCAGGCAUGAUCAUGGGUUCACUUGGAACGAGCUCACCUGUCCGACAAAUCGGAAGCUUUCUC